AUUUAAUAAUUUCGGCAUUAAGCUGAGUAGAACCGUCGACUUUAAAAAUGACUACAAAAUUAAGAUGUCUUCUUUUAGAGAAGUUCACAGAGAGACUUAACAAGAACUUGAUGUCAAGAAAUGUUAAAAAUAUGCAGGUAACAUACAGACAUAACGAAAACAAUUUCCUUGUAAAACUACCAAUCCAAGAAGCAACAGCUGCUGAACUGACUGAUGAUAAAUACACGUUCAACAAAUCUGAAUACAUACAACUGUAUGUCAGACGAGAUGAUUUUAUUCAGUCCAUAAUUGAAGGAAUAAUAUCUAAAGACAUACAACAUGAUACCAAGCCAAAGAAAGUAGUUUUAGAUUUCAGCUCUCCAAAUAUCGCAAAACCAUUCCAUGUUGGACACCUAAGAUCCACUAUCAUUGGGAAUUUCAUUGCAAACAUCAAUAAAUACUACAACAAUGAUGUCACGAGAAUAAACUACCUGGGUGACUGGGGCACGCAAUUUGGUUUACUUCAGUAUGGCCUCAAAGCAAGGCAACUAAACUUAGAUGAUAUUAAAGAUAAGCCAAUAGAGAAAUUGUAUGAAGCUUAUGUGCAUGCUAAUAAAUUAGCUUCCACGGAUGACAAUGUGCGGGAAGAGGCUAGACGUUACUUCACUAACAUUGAACAAGGACAGGAAGACUUGGGUAAUUGGAAGAAAAUUAGGAAAGUCACAGUUCAAGAAUUAGAAAAAGUCUAUCAAAGGUUGGGUAUACAAUUUGAUAACUAUCUCUGGGAAUCUGACUAUAAUGCCAAGGCUAUUAAAGGCAUAAUGGAAACUUUGGAAAGACUGAAUAUUCUACAUACUGAUGAUGAAGGCAAAAAGGUUGCCACAGUAAAUAAUAAGAAUGUAACUGUAUUAAAAAGUGACAAUUCAACACUAUACAUGUCCAGAGACAUUGCAGGGCUUCUACACCGAUACAUCAAAUACAAUUUCAAUGAAAUGUUGUACAUAGUAGACAACGCACAGACAGAUCAUUUUGCGACACUAUUUGAGAUAGUGAAACAAGUUAAUAGUGACCUAGUAAAUGGUUGCAAGCAUAUAAAGUUUGGCAGAAUUAAGGGAAUGAGCACUAGAUCAGGCAAUGUGGUAUUCUUAAGUAACAUUCUAGACGAAGCUAAGAACAAGAUGUAUGAACAACAAAAGGAAUCAAAAAACACAAGGACUGCAGCGUUGAAUGAUGAAACAUGUGACAUCCUCGGUACUACAGCAGUAGUUAUCAAUGACUUGAAACAAAAAAGACUGAGAGACUAUACUUUCGAUUGGGACAAAGCCCUACAGAGUGAAGGAGACAGCGGUAUCAAACUGCAAUACCUUCACUGUCGACUUUGGAGCUUGGAACAAAACUGCGGUAUAGUGAUACCAGAGACAUGCGAGCCGCGUCUCAUAUCCGAGCAAGUAAUAGGCGAUGUUGUGGCAGAGCUGGCGAAAUUCGAAACCGUUCUAAAUAGGUCGUAUACGGAAUAUGAGGCGUGUGUCAUAGUUAACUACCUGUUUCGCUUGGCGCGACAUGUAAAUAGAAUGUUUAACGAGCUGAAAGUGAGGAACGUUGACGCCGACGUGGCUGCGCAAAGGCUUCUCGUUUUUCAUUCUGCGCGAUUAGUUGUUAAGACUGGCUUGGAGAUUCUUGGGAUCAGACCAUUACAUGAAAUGUAGCUGUGAUUUGUAUUGCAAGUAGUAAUUAGGAUAUU